CAUUCACAACAUCAUGAACAGAAUCGCCCUCAGACAAACCAAGCUUUUCGCUGCAUCAGUACCCAGAGUCAGAGCCAUGUCGUCUCAGAACCCCAUCCACAACGCGGCCGAGGCCGCCGGCCAAAAGAAGGACACCAGCCCAUCCAAGCCUAGCGUCAUCUCCUCGGAGGGCGCCAUUGGCAAGCAAUUCAACCCUGAUGGCAACAUCGGCCAGAUUGGCGAAGCCGUUGGUGGCCCUUUCUCGAAGGAUGGUGUCAUUGGAAGCCAGUUUGAUGCGAGCAAGGGGGGCAUUGCAGGGACAGUGGAAAAGGCCGUGGAUGGUCCUCGAAACCCGGCGAAGAAAUAGCUCAAAGGCAUGGUCUAUUGAAGGUCUUUCUCUCGGCGUUGAAUGAAACAUAAUUAUCUAUCUUCAAGUUCUUCAUUGGAACUUAGCCUGCUUGGUUCUCAGUUUCGCCUGC